AUGACGAGCCUCACCUGGCUGGAACCCGUUCAGAAGCUCCUUCAGACCGAGAAGCUGUUCACCGGCUCGUUGUUUUUUGGGGGGGGCGUCGGGAUGCCUCGCGUGCGGCCAAUCUACACCGACUUCUUCUACAGUCCUCUGACAGAAGAUGUGGAGGAACUGCUGGCGCGUUACCAGCAGACUGACUCCGUCAGGUACGAGGUCUUCUCGACCAUCUGGAGGGAGAUGGUCUUCUCGGAUGUGUUCAGGGGCAUCGCGAACGUGGCGGAAAUCAAGAGGUUCUCCCGAGUGGCGCUGGCCACGGCCGUGAAGUACUUCCUGCCUCCGUACAGCUACCAGAUCCGAGUGGGAGGCCUGUACCUGAUGUUUGCUCUGUACCACACGCAACCUGGAAGUCCACCUGUGAAGCUCCGACUGGCUGUGAGGGAUUGGCCCGUGGUGGAGAAGUUUGUCAAGGACUCGGUGGAUUCCGGCCACCAAGAUGUUGUGUACAUUUUCCGAAAGCUUGUCUUCGACAAGGCCAUCCACUACGCCGCCAUGCCACAUUUUCUCACCUUCCACAAGCAGAAGAAGGCAAAGAAGGAGAGUCUUUGCCCCGGGUUCCUCGGGAGGACCACGGCCGUCCAGGAGUUCUCCUCUGCAGAAGUGCUGGAGGAGCUGACCAACGUCCAGGGCCAGUACGAGAUGCUGAAGGCGGCCACGGUGGAGGUCAGCUGCGAGGUCACCACGACCCAGCCGGACUUCACGUCCCGCCUCAGAGACUGCAUGUCGGAGUUCAUGACUUGGCAGCAGAAGACUUUCUCCCAGGUCAAGAAAGAGAAGAACUCCGGUGAUGAUGACGACGAUGAUGAUGAGGAGGAGAAGCAGCAGCAGACCGAGGCGGAGUACAGCAGCAGCAGGGCCCAGCUCCUGUCCUCCAUCAAACAGAAGAGCUACAGCAACUUCCAGGAGACGUCCAAGUCCAGAGGGCGGGCCGAGACGGCGGAGUCCUCCUGCUCGGGGGCCGAGCAGGUCCGGGAGGUCGCGACCCAGAGGCGCAGGAGGCCUCCGUCGCUGAGGGCCCGCACCAGGAAGAGCCUCGGGGUGACCCGGGAGCAGUGCCAGCUCCAGGCCUGGCUCCUCAGCGUCCCCGAGACGCAGGAGAGGUCGCCGGUGAGGUGGUACAACCGGGCGGCGGCGGCGUCUUUCAAACCGUGA